CCCCCAGCACCCUGCCAGGGACGCCGAUUUCGAUCGCGUCUACAGCGGGGUGGUGGACGUGGGCACCGAGGACAUCUACUCCUUCACCUACACCAGCCAGCCCGGCCAGGUCAGUGCCGUGCGGGUGUACGUGAACAGCUCUUCAGAGAACCUUGACUACCCGGUCCUGGUUGUGGUUCGCCAGCAGAAAGAGGUGCUGUCCUGGCAGGUGCCUCUGCUCUUCCAAGGACUAUACCAGAGGACCUACAACUACCAGGAAGUGAGCCGCACCUUAUGUCCCUCAGAAGCCACCAAUGAAACAGGACCGCUGAAGCAACUGAUAUUUGUAGAUAUAGCAUCAAUGGCACCCCUGGGUGCCCAGUACAAACUGCUUGUUACCAAGAUCAAGCACUUCCAGCUACAGACAAAUGUUGCCUUUCACUUCACUGCCAGCCCCUCUCAACCUCAGUAUUUUCUAUACAAAUUUCCUGAAGAUGUGGACUCAGUAAUCAUUAAAGUUGUGUCUGAAGUGGCUUAUCCAUGUUCUGUUGUUUCCGUCCAGAACAUCAUGUGCCCAGUGUACGAUCUUGACCACAAUGUGGAAUUUAAUGGUGUCUUUCAGUCCAUGACCAAGAAAGCUGCCAUCACGUUACAGAAGAAGGAUUUUCCAGGCGGGCAGUUCUUCGUGGUAUUUGUGAUAAAGCCUGAAGAUUAUGCUUGCGGAGGAUCUUUCUUCAUCCAGGAAAAGGAGAACCAUACCUGGAAUCUACAACGAGCAAAGAACCUUAAAGUGACCAUUGUUCCUUCUGUUAAAGAAUCCGUGUUUGUGAAAUCCAUUCUUUUCAGCUCCCUCAGCUUCUUCUCCUUCUAUUUGGUAUGUCUGCUGAUUGCGUGUUUUCAUCAUUUAAGGUAUCAGAGAAACUCCACUGGUGGAAGCCUUGGUUCCGAUGAUGGCUCUGGAAGUAUGGCGGUGUCACAUCCCAUUGCUGCCAGCACCCCAGAAGGGAGCAACUAUGGGGCAAUAGAUGAGUCCAGCUCCAGUCCCCACAGGCAGGAGUCCUCCUCUGAUGGCCCGCAGCCAUGCCACUCAGACUCGGACAGCUCUGUGGAGGAAAGUGACUUCGACACCAUGCCAGACAUUGAGAGUGAUAAGAACGUCAUCCGGACCAAGAUGUUCCUUUACCUGUCAGAUCUGUCCAGGAAGGACCGGAGAAUCAUCAGCAAAAAAUAUAAGAUUUAUUUUUGGAAUAUCGUCACUAUCGCUGUGUUCUAUGUACUACCUGUGAUCCAGCUGGUCGUCACCUACCAGACAGUGGUAAAUAUCACUGGAAACCAGGACAUCUGUUACUACAACUUCCUCUGUGCUCACCCUUUGGGUUUCCUGAGUGCCUUCAACAAUAUUCUCAGUAACUUGGGGCAUGUGCUCCUGGGCUUCCUCUUCCUGCUGAUAGUCUUGCGCCGGGACGUUCUCCAUCGAAAAGCCCUGGAAGCCAAGGACAUUUUUGCCAUGGAGUAUGGGAUUCCCAAACACUUUGGUCUCUUCUAUGCUAUGGGCAUCGCAUUGAUGAUGGAAGGAGUGCUCAGUGCUUGUUACCACAUCUGCCCUAAUUACUCCAACUUCCAAUUUGACACCUCCUUCAUGUACAUGAUCGCCGGCCUCUGCAUGCUGAAGCUCUAUCAGACCCGGCACCCAGACAUCAACGCCAGCGCCUACGCCGCCUACGCCUCCUUCGCCUUGGUCAUCUCGCUCACCGUCCUCGGAGUGGUGUUUGGGGAAAAUUAUGUGUGGUUCUGGGUCAUCUUCUCUGCGAUCCACAUACUGGCCUCUCUGGCCCUCAGCACCCAGAUCUACUACAUGGGUCGUUUCAAGAUAGAUGUGUCUGACACAGAUCUGGGGAUUUUCCGGCGGGCCGCGAUGGUGCUCUACACGGACUUCAUCCGGCAGUGCAGCCGGCCUCUGUACAUGGACAGAAUGGUGUUGCUCAUCGUGGGGAAUCUGGUUAACUGGUUCUUCGCCCUCUUCGGGCUCAUCUACCGACCCAGGGACUUCGCCUCCUACAUGCUGGGCAUCUUCAUAGGCAACCUGCUGCUCUACCUGGCCUUUUACAUCAUCAUGAAGCUCCGCAGCGCCGAGAGGGUCCUCCCCAUCCCGCUCUUCUGCAUCGUCGCCACCGCUGUGAUGUGGGUUGCCUCGCUGUAUUUUUUCUUCCAGAAUCUCAGCAGCUGGGAGGAAACCCCGGCCAAGUCCCGGGAGAAGAACCGGGAAUGUGUCCUGCUGGAUUUCUUUGAUGAACAUGACAUCUGGCACUUCCUGUCUGCCACUGCCCUGUUUUUCUCAUUCUUGGUUUUGUUAACGCUGGAUGAUGACCUGGAUGUGGUUCCGAGGGACAAGAUCCCUGUCUUCUGAGCCUCCAGCAUUAAGAGGGGAGAGGGGGAGCGAUC